AUGUCAGAUGGUGAAUGGCAGUAUGCGGCAGUGUCGGACAAUGGUCCUACGCUGGAGCCUUAUUUCAACGAGACGUGGGCGGUCUCUCCAUCCCUCCUGCCCCGUGAGAAGCAGCUGGCGCUGCGAGAGCUGGCGGUGAGCAGCGUUAAGGCGCUUGGGUUUCAGGAUAGCAUCUUCCAUGUGGAGCUGAAGUACACCAGCCAACACGGAGCUCAACUCAUCGAGGUGAAUGCCCGAAUGGGUGGUGGACCGGUAUAUUCCACAAAUCUGAAAACCUGGGGCGUGGAUCUCGUGGAAGAAACAUUGUUCUGCGCGGCUGGAAUUCCAUCGCGUCCAGUGGCAACGAGGACGUGCAGCCUAGCAAUAAGCUUUCUCUUGACUAGAUGGUUCUCAUGGCAGUGCUUCCUUUUAGCAGUUAACCUCUACCUGAGAACAGCAAAUUGCAGUUGA